AGUUUUAAAGACUACCCCACUUUUAUAAUUUUCCCUUCGUAUUCGCCACUUGUUCUCUGUCAUUCAUGAAAAAGGAUGCGGCCGUAAUUGAUUUCCGCCUGCAUUCAUUUCCGAUUUUCCAUAAUAGUCCAACCAGAUCGACAAUGGCGAUGGUAAAUUCAAGUUUUAUCUUCAUUGGUGUCUCCACCGUACCUUAUCCCCUUUCGAACAACAACCAUAGCAGAAAAUUCAGAAUCACAUCGGCAAAACUUACGGAAGAUUCCGAUUCAGAUUCCAAAUCAUCUCAACUCAAAUUUCCCUCACUGAGAGUUUCAAAUCCACUUCUCGCCCGAUCUGUCGUUUCGGUUCUCGGAUUAGGGUUCGUCGAUGCAGGGUACAGUGGAGAUUGGUCUAGAAUUGGAGUAAUUACGAAGGAGAGCGAAGAAUUGCUAAAGAUUGGAGCCUUCUUGGUGGUUCCGUUUUGCGUAUUUCUGGUUUUUUCUUUCUCCAGAUUAGAUUCGGAUUCUUCAUAACUCAUAAGUGUAUGGCGGAUGCAUUUCCCAAACUGGUUAAGAAAUAAAUUUCAAUUUUCAAUGGUAGCUAAGCUAAAAUUGUUUUUUGCUUCCUCUGAAUACAAGUGUUGAAGUGGGGAGAUUUUGAAGAAUAUGUACAAAAUUCAUUUACUGAUAUGCACAUGUUUGAUGCUGGUUUUCCA